AAAGGGCAAGAUUCGAAGAAAAAGAAGGAUUGAAAGUCUUUUUGAACCCCCACCCCCCAUCCAUUCCAAGCGAAACCCUAAACUGAGAGAGAGAGAGAUCCAAGCGACGAUCAAACCGACGACCGUCAAGAAAACGGAGAUCAGGCCCCGACGAUCGGAUAUCGGAGUAGAUCAGGCAUGGGGAACACGGAGAAGUUGCUGAACCAGAUAAUGGAGCUCAAGUUCACGUCGAAGAGCCUCCAGAGGCAGGCGAAGAAGUGCGAGAAGGACGAGAAGUCCGAGAAGCUGAAGGUCAAGAAGGCGAUCGAGAAGGGCAACAUGGACGGCGCCCGGAUCUACGCCGAGAAUGCCAUCCGCAAGCGCAACGAGCAGAUGAAUUACCUCCGCCUCGCGUCCCGCCUCGACGCCGUCGUCGCCAGGCUCGACACGCAGGCCAAGAUGUCCACGAUCACCAAGUCCAUGGGAUCGAUCGUCAAGUCGCUCGAGUCCUCUCUUACCACCGGCAAUUUGCAGAAGAUGUCCGAAACGAUGGACCAGUUCGAGCGCCAGUUCGUCAACAUGGAGGUCCAGGCCGAGUUCAUGGAGAGCUCUAUGGCAGGAAGCACGUCGCUGUCGACUCCCGAGGGCGAAGUCAACAGUUUGAUGCAACAGGUCGCCGACGAUUACGGCCUGGAGGUGUCCGUGGGGCUGCCGCAGCCGGCCGCUCACGCCGUGGCCACCAAGACACAGGAGAAGGUCGACGAGGACGACUUGUCCAGGCGCCUUGCCGAGCUCAAGGCCCGUGGUUAAAAUGGUGAAUUUAAUUUAGUAUUUCGGGAUUCUGCUUCUGUCUAAGGAACUUGUCUGUACAUCUGAAUUAACUGUGAUCUUGGAUUACAUAAUCUCGUGUCGUUGUGCCGAGAUAUUAUUAUGCCCUAUACUGUCAUUUACAUUCGCUGCUGGAUUCCUGUCAUGUUUGCUGAAUUUUUCGGAAUUCUAAGGAAUUCAGUUUAUUGAACUGCAGUGAAGGUUAUAUAAAUAUAUAUGUAUAUUACUGUUUCAACA